UAGUGUGCAGACUGUCGAAAAAAAUAGCAGAAGAAAUAGUCGCCGCUCAUGAGCGCUUGAGAAAAGGACUGAAUAUGACACGAACGCAAAGCUGAAAUUAUUUAGUUCGUGCGCUGAGUUGAAGAGGCAACCUUUACGUGACUGUCAGUCACAGAGGAGGAAAAAGAAAAACACUUCCUGCAGAGUCCAGCCCACGUUAGGGAAUUUUCUCCACGGUUUUAGGCAUCCACUGUGUAAAGUAAUUCACCCCAGGUGACUCACUGGAAAAAUGGACCAGAACAACAGCAUACCUGCCUUUCAGGGUCUGGCCUCCCCCCAGGGUGCCAUGACCCCAGGUAUGCCGAUAUUCAGUCCCAUGAUGCCAUAUGGCUCAGGGUUGACACCUCAGCCAGUGCAGAACACAAACAGUCUUUCUAUUCUUGAGGAACAUCAGCGACAGCAGCAGCAGCAACAGCAACAACAGGCACAACAGACCAAUGCAGGCCUCCCAGGAACAUCAGGGCAAACACCUCAGCUUUUUCAUUCCCAAGCGGUAACUGGUUCAACCACUACAGCACUACCAGGGAACACCCCACUCUACAACACCCCACUGACCCCUAUGACCCCCAUCACACCAGCCACACCAGCAUCAGAGAGCUCUGGAAUUGUGCCACAGCUACAAAACAUUGUUUCUACUGUCAACCUGGGUUGUAAACUGGACCUGAAGACCAUAGCGCUAAGAGCCAGGAAUGCAGAAUACAACCCAAAGCGUUUUGCCGCUGUCAUUAUGAGAAUACGAGAACCCAGGACCACUGCUCUCAUCUUCAGCUCAGGAAAGAUGGUCUGCACUGGGGCUAAAAGUGAAGAGCAGUCCAGAUUGGCAGCUAGGAAGUAUGCUCGUGUUGUGCAGAAACUUGGAUUUCCUGCCAAGUUCCUGGACUUCAAGAUUCAGAACAUGGUGGGCAGUUGCGAUGUGAAGUUCCCCAUUCGACUAGAAGGAUUAGUCCUCACACACCAACAGUUCAGCAGUUAUGAGCCCGAGCUGUUUCCAGGACUGAUUUACAGAAUGAUCAAACCUAGAAUUGUUCUGCUCAUCUUUGUGUCUGGGAAAGUUGUACUCACAGGUGCAAAAGUGAGAGCAGAGAUCUACGAAGCAUUUGAGAACAUCUACCCCAUCCUGAAAGGCUUCCGGAAGACGACGUAGAACCUGCAGCUUUACCAUUUCACCAAAUUUCCUGUUUUUUUUUUUUUUUUUAAAGUCACAUUGAAGCAUCUUCAAUGUGUCAACCUUUUCAAAUGGACUGCUGUAAGGGCUGUACAGGGAUGUGGUCCAUUUUAUUCUUUUUUUUAACUUUAGGUAUGGUUUAUUGUCCUUACCGCAUCCCUGAUUGUACAUAAGACUGUAAAGAAAAUGCUGAUUAGGAGAGAGGCAGUCGGAGAGACUGUUUUUUUUUGUUUUUGUUUUUAUUCUACACAAUUUUAAAUAGUUUUUGUACAUUACAUUUUUAUUGUCUGCUCGCCCCCAGUUAUGUAAAGGUGUGUUCAGGUCUGUUAACCUUGCAUUUCUACUUUGGUUUUUCAUAAGAUUUUACUUUCCUGAUAUAGAAAAUCGUUUUUCCUCAACAAAAUCACAGUCUGAAAAGUUUUAUCUUCACCUUUUACAUGUCAAUUGAGUCGGCAUUCAACCUCAUUCUUAUCUCUUAAUGCUAAAAAUAGAUUUACUACUAAAUUCAAUGACAUUUUGUAAAGGGCAUUUCAGCAGUGACCUAUUUCGGAUGUUCUUAUAGUUGGAAACAAGCAAAAUUAAUUCAAAUUCCUGUUAGACAGUCUUAAAUUGUUGGUUUGGUUUGCUAAAAGUCUGGCAAGGAAGUUAAAACAUACGUAGAGAAAGACUUUACGGUUAAGUUCAGAAAGAAGUAUUUUAAAGGUUUAAUGUCUUUUAAAAAACGGUCCAUUUGCAUCCAACCAAUAGGAAGUGUAGGAAUAACCAGGAUCAUACAUUGAAAGUAAAUUAAACAGAAGUAAAAUGUCAUAUGAUGGGUUGUCACAUUUUAGUCAGACUUCCUUUUUCUCUAAAUUCACUUCUUGCAUAUUUGACACCCUAGCACUAAACUAGAGUAUAAUGAUGGAUGGUAAACUAUGCAUUGUGUGCCCAUGUUCGUUUUUUCUGGCCUAUACUGUCAUGUAAAAGUUUUAUUUUUAUGGAUUUAUUUUUGAGCCAGCAGUUUUAUUUCCUGAAGAUAAACUGACUGUUCACACUGCUCAGCCACACAUGGGUGAAAAUGUCUAUUUAAAUGUUUCUAAAUCUAGGGCACGCUCUUGGUGGGCCUGUUGUCACACUGAAAAGAACGGCUGAGCACAUACUAAAGUCUGGAAGUAUUGGAAACAAAUAGAUUUCAGUUGGAAUUUUUGAAUAUUGUCUAAGAGUCCGUUCUGUGAAUCUACCACCUGGAAUCUCUAAUGACAAACAAAUCUGAGAUGAAGCACUAGAAUCUAAAGGCAGAAAGCCCUGUUGGUUUGAAAUGCAUCUUCUGAACUUGUUAAUGUGCUGCACUGUGCAUUAAUAAAAAUGUAUAUACUGUC